UGUAAUUGGCAAUACAUAGGUCAUAAAGACUAUGUUUUGCUUUAUUGAAUUAUUUUUCUAAUUAAUGUUAAAAUUUCAUUUUUGACUUAUCUUCGAUUUAAUCUUAAAAUAAAAAUGCUUGUGUUAGCAUUUUUAAUGUUUUCCCUCACUGUAACUUUUGGUGAAAAAACAGUGAAGUAUGCGGCUGUAAUUUAUCGACAUGGUGAUAGAACUCCUGUAAAUCUUUACCCAACCGACCCCUGGCGAAAUGAAUCCCUCUGGCCUGUUAAAUUUGGGCAAUUGACCAAUGUAGGCAAAAGACAACAUUAUGCUCUUGGAAAAUGGCUUAGAAAACGUUACACGCAUUUAAUUUCUAAAAAAUUCGAUCCAUCGGAAGUAUACAUAAGAUCAACAGAUGUUGAUCGUACACUUAUGUCAGCUCAGGCCAAUUUAGCAGGAAUGUACCCUCCCACUGAUACUUCAAUAUGGGAUACAGAUUUGCUUUGGCAGCCUAUACCGGUACACACCAGACCAGAAAAAGAUGAUGAAGUGUUAGCAAUGAAAAGGAAAUGUAUACGUUAUACAAAAGAAAAAGACAAGUAUAUUCAUUCAACACCUUAUAAAGAAAGACUCAGUAAAUAUCAAGGACUAAUGGACUAUUUGGCAGCCUACACAGGCAAGAAAAUUAAGGAUUACUUAGAUAUUAAUGAUGUUUAUAACGUACUCUAUAUUGAAAGUUUAUAUAACUUUACUCUUCCAAAUUGGACUCAAUCUGUCUAUCCAAACAAAUUAAGAGAACCAGCAUGUUACAGUUUUAUGACAUCAACAGCAACACCAAUGAUGGCUCGCCUAAUGGUUGGACCUUUGCUGAAAGAGAUUAUGACAAAAAUAGAUAUGGUGGUAUUAAAAAAGAAACCUAAUCCACUGAAACUGUCAAUAUACAGUGCACAUGACUUUCAAAUUGGAAACAUACUUUCUGCUAUGGGGGUGUUUGACGGCAACUGCCCGGUUUAUACUUCUACUAUAUUUUUUGAGCUCUUACAAGAUAACUCUACCAUGGAAUAUUUUAUACAAAUGUUGUAUAGAAAUUCAACCGAAAUUGUUGAACCAUAUGUUCUGAACAUACCACACUGUGGCGAAAUUUGCUCACUUCAGAGAUUUCUUAAAUUGUAUGAUAAUUUAGUAACCGUUGAUUGGAAUUAUGAAUGUACUAAACAGAUAUCACCAUUGAUAGGAGCAUGUUUUUUUUUGGGAUUAUUUGCUUUUAUAUAUGUAGUUCACAAAAUACAUUUUUCAACAAUAACCACAAAACGAAGAGUUCAAUUUGCAUACACAAGUGUAUACAACCCUACAGCACCUGUACCCGAGAAAAAUAAUGAAAUUAUGUUUGUGCUAGCAAUUUUUAUGUUUUCUCUCGCUAUAACUUUUGGUGAAACAACGGUAAAGUAUGCGGCAAUAAUAUACCAACAUGGGGAUGCCACUCCUGCAAAGCCUUACCCUAGUGACCCCUGGCAAAAUGAAUCCCUCUGGCCUGUUAAAUUUGGGCAACUUACCAAUGUAGGCAAAAGACAACAUUAUGCUCUUGGAAAGUGGCUUAGAAAACGGUAUUCGCAUUUGAUCUCUGAAAAAUUCGACCCUUCUGAAGUAAACGUAAAAUCAACAGAUGUUGAUCGCACACUUAUGUCAGCUCAGGCCAAUUUAGCAGGAAUGUACCCUCCAUUGGGUACUUCUGUAUGGGAUUCAGACUUAAUUUGGCAGCCUAUACCGGUACACACAUUACCAGAACAAGAUGAUGGACUUUUGGCAAUGAAGAAAACAUGUAUGCAUUAUUUAAAAGAGAAAGAAGAGUACACUCAUUCAAGACCUUAUAAAAAAAGGCUUAGUAAAUAUCAAGGACUAAUGGAUUUUUUGACAGCUUAUACUGGCAAGAAAAUUAACGACUUCUUAGAUAUUAGUGAAAUUUACAACAUACUCCUUAUUGAAAGUUCAUAUAACUUUACCCUUCCAAAUUGGACUCAAUCUGUGUAUCCAAGCAAAUUACAAGAACCAGCAUGUUACAGCUUUGCCACACCAACAGCAACACCAAUGAUGGCUCGCCUAAUGGUUGGACCUUUGUUGAAAGAGAUUAUGACAAAUAUGGACAUGGUGGUCUUAGAAAAACCUAAUCCACUGAAACUGUCAAUGUACAGUGCACAUGACUUUCAAAUUGGAAACAUACUUUCUGCUAUGGGUGUGUUUGACGGCAACUGCCCGGUUUAUACUGCUACUAUAUUUUUUGAGCUCUUACAAGAUACCUCUACCAUGGAAUAUUUUAUACAAAUGUUGUAUAGGAAUUCGACAGAAAUCGUUGAACCGUAUGUUCUGAACAUUCCACGUUGCGGCGAAAUUUGCUCAUUGGAUAGAUUUCUUGAGUUAUAUGCUAAUUUGAUAGCUGUUGAUUGGGAUUAUGAUUGUGCACCAAAGGUAUCUGUGAAGUUUCUUUUAUAUCAUACUUUGUUUGUAAUGAAUAUCACUAUCAUUUGCUAUCGUUAUUUCAAGUUUUCUGUCUUUGAUUAUUAAAGAUAUGAAUAAUUAAGAUGAAAUGUCUGAUUAGAAUCGUAUAUAUAUGAAAAAGGGAAGACGAUGCACAUCACGUUUGAUUAAAUAGCAGGAAUAAGAGAAAAAAUAACUUAAAAUUCUUUUA